AUGGAUUGUGGUAUUUUUAUUGAGUCGACGAGUGUGUUUGGCAAACAAAUGAAUAACAUGGGCAUCACAUGGCUGACAUCUGUGUUGCUAAGCUUUGGGAUAAGCAUUCAAACGACAAUACUUACGGACCAAAAUCUGACAAAACACCGCGAUAUACGAGAAAGACUAUCUGAUUUUCUACUCGUAUUUUGUCUAUGUUUUACAGCGUGUAGUGUUUACUGUAAGAAUAUCUUGAAGAAACAUAAACCGCAAGCGAGAGAAAGAUCGCGAAUGACCGAGACAACGUCAUUGUUUGAAUUAAGAGAGUACUUGAUGUCUGAACUGAAUUGUUAUAAUGGCUCAAACGGAACAAUCUAUAUCGCGUUAAAUGGCAAGAUAUUUGAUGUGACUAAAGAUAAGAAGCAAUAUGAUUCCGGUGGAUAUUAUAAAAUGUUAGCGGGGCGAGACGCUAGUCGCGCAUUUGCGACUUUAUCUUUUGAUGUUAAUUCAUUGCGUUCUCAUUAUGACGAUCUCUCAGACCUAAAUGACAUCCAGAGAAGUAAUCUAGACGAAUGGGAAAAGAUCUACACAGAAAAGUAUGAUAUUGUGGGGAAACUUGUAAAAGCACACAAAACUAAAACUUUACAGGAUAUUGCUAUGAACUCAAUCAUAAAAAAGAUCACAAUUUCGCAAAGUAAUAUGCACUCUAUAGACCUCCUACCCCUGCCUGGAAUAUUAAAAAGAGAAUUGCGCAACUUUUUCUACGAACACAUGGAAUAA